AUGGCCAGAAACACAAUAUACCAAGCAGCUGCCCUAUUUGGCUUGCUCGCUUCUGCCAAAGCAGCACCAUCCGUCAAUGUUGCUUUACGGACGGCUUUUGAUGCGCCUCCAUAUCUUGUAGAACUGCUAGAAACAGCAGCAGAAGAAAACGCGACUUCCUAUUUCCCGCUCCUCGAUCGAAUCGCAGACGGCUAUUUCGAUUCUUCGAAAACAGACGAAGAGCUAUACAAGAGCUUCAGAACACUGUUAGAAAAAGAUGGGCAUCUUGGGAAGGAGGAUCUAUCCUCAUUUGACUACGCCCUUUCGAUUCACUCGGCGGCACCAAGGAUAGAGGCACACUACCAGUACUACAACACAUCUAUCGUUCCUUCAUUAUCGAGCGAUGCGCAAGAUGGAUGCCAGAGCUGGGUCUAUGUACCGUUCAGUGGACAGCGAUAUUGCUCGGCAGAGUUGGACGAGACGACAGCCCAGUCUUUUGGCAAACCAGAAGCUUCAGUACAUCAGCUGCCCUUCGAUCGCGUCUUAGGAGACUUGAACAGCGACAAGCCUUCCGUCCUCUACGCGGAUAUAUUUUCCGAAUCGUUCCGCAAGUUCCAUAAGACUUUGAGCAAGACCGCAAGAGAUGGCAGUACCUCAUAUCGAGUGCGAUACAAGGCUUCUGUUGGUCAUGAGCGAAAGCCAUUGACCGUGAGCGGGUAUGGCAUUGAGCUGGCAUUGAAGCGGACAGACUACAUCGUCAUCGACGAUCGAAAUGCAGAAGAGGAGAAGAAAGAAGAGACUGUCAGUGCAAACGAUGGCACGCUGAGCGAGGAAGAGGUAUCGGACUUGAGACCACUUUCCCAGUCAGAACUCAGGCGACUUGGACUGAGAGCUGCAAGCUUUGUCAUGGGUAGCGAGCAGCCGUUCGACACGCUCCUGAGACUUUCUCAGGAUUUCCCAAAGCAUUCGAGCUCUAUUGCAGCAACCGAGAUUUCAGAGGAAUUCAUGGCCGAGCAUAGUACGAACAGAGAAGUACUGGUUCCAGCUGGCUUCAACGUGAUGUGGAUCAAUGGUGUGCAAAUUAUGCCAAGGGAUGUCGAAGCGUAUGCUCUUCUCGAGCAUCUGCGACGAGAGCGUAAGAUGAUCAAAAGUGUUCAGGAGAUCGGCUUGAGCGGGACUGAGGCCGUUGAACUGCUCUCACACGAAGCCAUCACUGCAUCGCAGGUUGGGCAGGAAGUCCAGCGCUAUGACUGGCGCGACAACGCUGAAGGUGGCGAUGUCAUCAUCUGGAUGAACGAUAUCGAGAAAGACAAGCGCUAUGCUGAGUGGCCAGAGACUGUCACCAGGUUUCUCCAACGCACAUACCCAGGUCAGCUCCCGACUGUCAGAAAGGAUUGCCACAACCUCGUCAUUCCCAUCGACUUUGCAGACUUCAACGACGCUCUGCUAGUUGUCGAGAGCUUGAAAGGUUUUGUCAAGCGCAGGGUCCCGAUUCGGGUUGGUGUGGUCCCUAUCAUCAAAAGUCCUGACAGUGAAGCUCAAGCCAAAAUUAUUCAUUACUUGAUUGAUCGAUACGGGCUAGCGACUGCCCUUAAUUACCUUGAGACAUCUCUUGAGACUGCUGGUCGUAAGUAUGGGCCAGUCAUUGAGAAGCUGUUCAGCACAGCUGUAGAGACUGGUAAGCUUCGUCCCGACAAGGAAGAAUUGACACUCGAAAGUGUCAACAGCGAUGCCUACCUCCAGAGCCGUAUCAAGGGAGCCAAAGAAUGGAUUUCCAGGCUCGGAAGCACAGAUGUCACACCUCCAGUACUUAUCAAUGGCGCGGCAAUUCAAAGAAGCGACGAUUGGUUGCAGAGUAUGAGUGCUCGAGUGAGCCAGGAUGUGCGGGUGAUACAGCAAGCUGUUUACCUUGGAGAAGUGACUGAUGAGGACUACCUUCCUGAUCUGUUCUUGGAAAAGGCAAGCUUGAGACGGAACCCUCUGCUCAUACCGGAGGACGACCAGGACAUCCGUCAUGUCAAGCUUGGAGAGUUACCAAGUUUCGGAGACUUGCCAAGUCUUGGUGCAAGCGAAGAUACCAUCGAGCGAGAGCUGGUGCAUCUCACUGUUGUAGCAGACCUUGACAGCACGGAAGGAUUUGAGCAAUUGAUGGAAGCGCUCAUGUAUAGAAGAGAGCAUGACAAUGUUGAGCUCGCUUGGUUGCACAUUCCGCGCGAUGGUACCACGGACACCAGGCUGGGUUCUAGAAUAUACUCCGAGCUCUACAAGAAGGCUGCUCGCACUAACAGCCCUGAGCUUGAUGAAAGGGUGCGCAGCAUCUGGACACCUUUCCGAAGUAUCGUUUCAGCAGCCGGAAUCACACCUGGAAAGAAGGCUUUACUAGUGAACGGCAGGAUUGUAGGUCCGAUUCCAGACAGCAUCGGCCUUCAGGUCUCUGAUAUCGAGGUACUGCUGUCCUACGAACGGAUGAAGCGCCUGCUGCCUGCAGCACUUGCAAUUGAAGGGCUCGGCCUUCAGGAGAAAGCUUCUACACCAUUGUCUUUCGCCCGGGUCUCGAAUCUGAUCGCGGUGUCUAUGGUGUCUGACAUUCCCGAAGGCAUCUUCGAGGCAGCACCAACUGUGCGCACCGGCAUCUUCAAGACAUGGAAUUCCAGCCAUACGGCAAUCCAUCUGGGCGACGAAAAGACAGCAACCGUUCAGAUUUAUGCCUCUAUCGAUCCAGCAUCAGAGGUGGCGCAGAAAUGGAUCCCGAUCAUGAAAACCGUCUCUGAGAUGGAAGGCGUCUACGUAAGAUUGUUCUUGAACCCGAAGGAGCGCCUGGAAGAGAUUCCUGUGAAACGUUUCUACAGACAUGUGCUUAAGUCCAAGCCGUCGUUCGAACCUGAUGGCUCGCUGCAAGUCAAUGGCGCUCAAUUUCGCGGUCUGCCUGCGGAUGCUCUGUUCAACAUGGGCAUGGACAUGCCGCCAGCGUGGUUGGUCGCCCCCAAGAUCACUGUGCAUGACUUGGACAACAUCAAGCUGAGCGCCGUCAAGAGCGAUAUCGAGGCGAUCUACGAACUUGAGCACAUUCUGAUCGAAGGCCACACGCGCGAUGUCACCGUAGGACCGCCACCUCGUGGAGCACAGCUGGUACUGGGCACUGACGCUGAGCCUCACUUCGCGGACACGAUCAUCAUGGCCAACCUGGGUUAUUUCCAGUUCAAGGCCAAUCCGGGUGUGUAUAAUUUGGCGCUCCAAAGAGGACGCAGCGAAGAAAUUUUCCACAUCGACAGCGCUGGUGCUGCAGGGUACAAUGAACAGGCUGGCGACAACACAACUGAAAUCGGCUUGAUGAGCUUCAAAGGCACCACUCUAUCCCCGCGCAUAUCUCGGCGGCCUGGUAUGGAGGAUGAGGAUCCCCUCGAGCCAGCAAAGACUGCGCUCGGCUUUGUUGCAGAGGGCGCAGAGAGUCUGCUCUCACAGAUUGGCCUCGGAAAUCAAGCCAGCAAUAUCGCAGAGCGCAAGCAUGCUGACAUCAACAUUUUCUCUGUCGCGUCUGGUCACUUGUACGAGCGGAUGCUCAACAUCAUGAUGCUUUCGGUGAUGAAACACACCAAACACAGCGUCAAGUUCUGGUUCAUCGAACAGUUCCUGUCCCCCUCCUUCAAGGACUUCCUCCCGGUCAUGGCUGAGGAGUAUGGAUUCCAAUACGAAAUGGUGACUUACAAAUGGCCGCAUUGGCUGCGUGGACAAAAGGAAAAACAGCGCGAAAUCUGGGGAUACAAGAUCUUGUUCCUGGACGUGCUGUUCCCACUCGACCUUGACAAGGUCAUAUUUGUGGACGCCGACCAGAUUGUGCGCACGGACAUGUAUAAGUUGGUGACACAUGAUCUGAAGGGCGCACCUUACGGUUUCACACCUAUGUGCGACUCCAGGACAGAGAUGGAAGGCUUCCGGUUCUGGAAGCAGGGCUACUGGAAGAACUUCUUGGGGGGCCUUCCAUAUCACAUCUCCGCGCUGUACGUUGUGGAUCUGAAACGAUUCCGACAAAUGGCUGCGGGGGAUCGACUCCGGCAAAACUACCACCAGCUCUCGGCGGAUCCGGGAAGUCUGAGCAACUUGGAUCAGGAUCUGCCAAACCACAUGCAAGCGCUUUUGCCUAUCCACAGCCUGCCGCAGGAGUGGUUGUGGUGCGAGACGUGGUGCUCGGAUGAAAGUCUGAAGGAUGCAAAGACUAUUGAUCUCUGCAACAACCCCCAGACCAAAGAGCCGAAACUGGAUCGCGCGCGGAGACAGGUGCCAGAGUGGACGGAGUAUGACAACGAGAUCGCCGCGGUGGCUGCGCGGCACAAGGAGAAGCUGGCGGGUGGGGUGCCCGCGGUUCAGGGCAGGGACGACGGAGGGGAGAGCAUGCAGGAAAGGCUGCAACGCGAAGACGCGGAGCGGGAGCGCAAGAAGAAGGCGCAUGUGCGAGACGAACUGUAG